ACGGAGUGUGCCGGGGUUUGAAAACUGGCAUGGAGGCGGCCGAGGUCCUCUGGGCUUGCGGGAAGUCCACGGAGAAGCGGCCCGCCGGCGUCCCCGGCUGCUAGCUCUACGCCGCCUGCGACCCCGCUGCGUGGCCGCAGGGUCAUGCUGGCUUCGCGCGUGGCGCGCGGCGCAUGGGGGGCCCUGUGCGGCGCCGCCUGGGCGCCGGGGGCGCGGCCGGGCAAGGAGCGCGCCCGCGGGGCCCUGCCGAGGUCGGUGCCGGGCCUCCUGGGCUGCCUGGCGGAGCGCUGGUGGCUGCGCCCGGCCGCGCUCGGCCUGCAGCUGCCUGGGGCCGGCCCGCGGGGCCACUGCUCGGGCGCGGGGAAGGCGGCCCCAGGGCCCGCGACCGGAGCAGACAGAGCCGCCGAGGCCCGAGGCGGCCGGUGGGGUCCGGCGAGCGCCUCCAGCCUGUAUGAAAACCCAUGGACAAUCCCAAAUUUGUUGUCAAUGACAAGAAUUGGCUUGGCCCCAGUUUUGGGCUAUUUGAUUAUUGAAGAGGAUUUUAAUAUUGCACUAGGAGUUUUUGCCUUAGCUGGGCUAACUGAUUUGUUGGAUGGAUUUAUUGCUCGAAACUGGGCCAAUCAAAAAUCAGCUUUGGGAAGUGCUCUUGAUCCACUUGCUGAUAAAAUACUUAUCAGUAUCUUAUAUGUUAGCUUGACCUAUGCAGAUCUUAUUCCAGUUCCACUUACUUACAUGAUAAUUUCAAGAGAUGUGAUGUUGAUUGCUGCUGUUUUUUAUGUCAGAUAUCGAACUCUUCCAACACCGCGAACACUUUCUAAGUAUUUCAACCCUUGUUAUGCCACUGCUAGGUUAAAACCAACCUUCAUCAGCAAGGUAAACACAGCAGUCCAGUUAAUCUUGGUGGCAGCUUCUUUGGCAGCUCCUGUUUUCAAUUAUGCUGACAGCAUUUAUCUUCAAAUGCUAUGGUGUUUUACAGCUUUCACCACAGCUGCAUCAGCUUACAGUUAUUAUCAUUAUGGUCGAAAAACUAUUCAGGUGAUAAAAGGCAGAUGAAAGUUUCCAUCAUCAUUAGCAAGUGAACAAUGUGCAUCAUCGGCAGCAGGGCCAGUGGAAAUCUACAUGAGUUUCCCUAUUUCGAAGUUCUGCUUGAAAAAGGACUUGUUAGAACAAAUCAUGUCAUCAAAAUUUAAGUAAUGUACAUUGAAAAUAAGCUUGAUCAUGGGCAUAUGCAGAAUUUCCAAUGUAUUUUUUAAAUACAAAUAAAACCAUAAUUUAGA